AUGGCAGCUUGUGAAAGCCUUGAACACAUAUAUGACAAGCCAUUACCUUUGAAAAAUCAUCAAAUACCUCUUCAAGUAUCUGUGUCUUUGGUAGAUGAUUCAUCUUCAUCGUUAUCACCAUUGUCAUCUUCAUUUUCCCCAUCAUCAUCGCCAUUCUCAUCUUCGUCGUCAUACUCGUCAUUUCCUGUAAGAACACCUCUUUCCAUGUGUUCAGACAGUUUAUCAAUAUGCACAAAAAAUCUUGGACUUGAAAGCAAUGAUGUUGAGAUUCCUGUCAUCAGCGGCAACAAUGAUUUUAGAAGACAAGUGAUUCCAAGGAGAAAGAUCGGAAGACAUAUGAGACAUAGAUCAAAUGAGGUUUUAUAUGACUCGAAGGGCACAUUUAACGCGUAUAUGUCCAGUGGAGAACCGAGGAUAUCAAGAAUCACUGGUGAGAGAAUGCCUCCGCCUAUAUCUACUAUUGCUGGUAAUGGGAAGCCUUGGGUAUGUUUCAAGUCUUUUAGGAAUGAUGGGAGACUUGUUCUUAGGGAGGCCAGGAUCCCGACUAAAGAACUGCUGCAAUCACGUCGAGAAGAAGGACGUUUGAAGCUGCAGUACGUUCAAUCAGAUGAAGAAACCAUGGACUGA